CUAACCAUUGUUUUUGCCUCUAUUACGCCCAUAUUUCGCGAAACGACGCGUUAUUCGGCAGUGAGAUUUCGUGCGAUUCGAGUUGAAAUCGAGGGAGGUUAAGCGGCGAGUGCGAGGAUCGGAAUAACGCGAUGCCGGCUGGCUAACUACGCCGAAGAAACUGUCAUUCGAGGUUACUUAACCCCCCUUAUUGACUGACACUCUAAUAAAAUGGCACGCUCGAUCAGCUGUCCGUUAAUGCGAUCGUGCGCCGCCGUGUUUCCUCGAUAUUCACCCGUCGAGGCGAAGUGUUUUAUCCUUCAGUGAGAAACCGAGCGUCCGUCUCUCGGCGUGUAUUUGGUUAUAAGUAAAAACACGUCGGAGACGCGGAAUCGCGAUGAUGUGAAAGAGAGAGAGAGAGAGAGAGAGAGAGAGAGAGUGUAUUCAGAGAGUUUACGGCAAAGUGCGCGAAGAACGUCGCUUCGACGCCUACGCGGAGAUUCUUAACGGUAAAUAUGACAGGUUGUCGUCGCAACGCGUUCCUUCCAUAGGCGGUUUCGAUAUCUCUAUCCCCGGUUAUCCUCGGCCCUUUUCGUUCCCUUCCUCUUCCUUCUCUUCGAAAAUCAAAGGUCAUCGCGGAAUCGACGACACGGCGUGACAUCGAAAAGUAGUUCGCUCGCUCGCUGCGAAUAUAAUAUCAGUGCGCGUGUGUCGAUGUUCUUUUGUUGAAUUUUCCAGCUAUUAUCAAGAUGAAACUAAUCCCUGUUGAUUACCUCGGCUUCACGGCCACUGAUCGACGAUUCAGCGGACCGAUGCUGCCCUGGACUGUCAGCGAGAUAAAAAAGCAUGGCGUGUCGGAAAAGGUGAAUCUGUUGGUGGCCUCUGGAUGCAUAUCCGCGUAUACGGCGCUUAAGGAACAGCCGUUGUUCAGACACCCGCUGAACAACACGUCGAAGGCGCAGCUAGUGCCCUCCGGUUCACAGGACCCUAACGGGGGGAGUUUCCUGUACCUUGUGAAGGGGAAUGACGGCUUGUUCUAUUGUCACCUAUUCAGGGCAAAAGAUUCUGAAACGGUCAAAGAGUUGUUCAGCGCCAUGAAGGAACAGUCGUCGUCCUCUCGGCUCGAAAAGGACCGAGAACCAACCCCUCAAAGGUCGUAUAGCAGCGCCGCAGCCUUGACGUCACUAGGUGCUGACAUAUCACCAAGUUCCUCACAUUUUUUUGAGGUUCUCUACAUCGGGAAAAUUAAAGUUUCUCACAAAAAAGUACCGGAGUCCUUCAUCGACGAUGCUCUGAUAAGAUUUCGUGCUUACGAACUUGAGAAGUCGAAAUCUUCGUCGAAUAAUCUACUCACCGAGUGCCAAAGACUGCAGAGACAGGCCAGCGUGAAAUUCUUACCUACAUUGAACGUCAGAAGAGAUAGUCAGGAUUCAAGUGCCAGCGAAUUAGGCAGCAUAGAAAAUAUAUCGUCGAGUAGCGUGUUGUCGCCAACGAAUUCGUUGGAUGUUGCAAAAACGUUGGGUGGAUCCGUCGAAGCGUUGUCACCGACGAACAACAACUCGUCCGAAAAUGACGGAGCGGAAAAUACUUCGGGGGUAAAGAAAAAUAAAAACGUCAACUUGCCGUCACCGGAGAUGAUGAGGAACAGGGCUGCCUCCACGGGCAGCGUUUUAACCGCUAGAAGAGACUCUGCCGCAAAAGGAGGCGACGAGUACAAUCGCACCAUGCUUUUCCAAGUAGGUCGGUAUGACUUAAGAUUGAUCAGUCCUGACAGAAAACAAGUCCUGCUCCACAAGCAGCUCAAAGACGUCGCCAGUUGCGUGCAGGGUGUCAAAAACCCAGAGCACUUCGGUUUUAUUUGCAGAGAGGCUGGCAUAGAGUGUUACAUUGGCUAUGUUUUCAAAUGUCAAUCCGAAGCUGUUGCCGAUGAUUUAGUUGGAGCCAUCACCCAGGCGUUUGUUGCUACGUGUGAUGCCUCGAGAAAAGAAAGACAUCCAGUAUUUUCCUGUGAUCACUGCCCCAUGGUUUGGUACGAUAAAUUAUGCCAAGACAUUGACGGUCAAAAUGACAAGAGAACUCAAAGUAUCAUCGUUUCACGGCUUGGUAUGUUGCCUGAGGACGAACAAGAGAUUAUUGUUACAAAAUACAAGGGAGCCGAGGCCUGCAACGGUACUUUAGGUGGUUCCGGAAAUGGUUCUAGUCUCAGAGAACAGAAUCAGUUUUUAAUGAUGUUGUUACGCGCGCAUUGCGAAGCGAAGCAGGCGAGACACGUUCACGACACAGCUGAAAAUAGGAGUGAAUUUUUAAACCAAUACCUCAGUGUCGGUGUUGGGAGUACGAUAUUUAUGAAAGCUAAGAGGUCAUUGACGAAUAGUUUUGAUCACCUCAUGAAGCGGAAAGGUUCGCGCGAUGACUUUGGAUUUAAUCCUAACAUGAGGGAUUCAAUGCUACAAUUUAAUUCGCCUGCAAAUCAAAAGGAAGAAAGUCAGAGUCCCGUCUCUUCUGUGGGAUCUGGACUGGACAACUGUCCCGAUUCAAACAGACCCAGAUCAUUGAGAGUGUCUCCUGAACAGCAGCUUAGCGUUAAUACUGGGCCAAAAAGUCCCAUGAUGGACAUUUUUUUAAAGGUAGGCAAUUCUCCGAAAAUGUCUCCUACCGAGUCUGAGGGAAGCAAUCGUCUGCAAUCAAGUGGAUCGUGGAGACAGGCGAUAUUAAAUCGUGUGGUAACACCAGGCAAAGAUCAGGACAUCAAGGAUAAUGUUACGUGUUCUGGUGUGAGUGGAAAAAAUAAUCAACCCGUUCCAAUGCGGAAAACUAGGGAGGAGCUACGGGGUCUCUGGAAAAAGGCAAUCAAUCAACAAUUGAUACUCAUCAGAAUGGAGAGAGAGAAUACGAAGCUGAAAGAACGACAGGAGGAGGCAACGGUAAAAAGAAUUAAACUAGAAUAUGACGAAUUGAGCAGCUGCGCUCGAGAACUCGUUGAAGUUUGGGAUUUACUAGUAAGCAAAGAGUCGAGAAUAUCUACAAAAUGCGAUAAUCAAAUGCUGCUCCAAGCCAUCAAACAGGGUGUACCACGUGGCAAGCGUGGCGAGGUUUGGCAGUUUUUGGCUGAGCAAUUUUGUUUAAAACAACCGCCAAUUGAGACGCGUGAAUUCCCAAGCUACAAUGUACCCUAUGAAGUUUUACUUAAGCAGCUCACAUCCCAGCAACAUGCGAUUCUAAUCGAUUUGGGACGUACAUUUCCUAAUCAUCCUUACUUCAGCUGCGCCUUAGGACCUGGGCAAUUGGCUCUUUUCAACCUGCUUAAGGCCUAUUCUCUUCUUGAUCCCGAGGUUGGAUACUGCCAAGGGCUCAGCUUCGUUGCCGGAGUUCUUCUGUUGCAUAUGGCCGAAGAUCAAGCCUUCUUUUUGCUGCGUCACCUGAUGUUCCGAAGAGGUCUCCGAAAGUUAUACCUACCUGACAUGGCUGCGCUACAAUUACACUUGUAUCAACUUUCACGGUUAUUACACGACAGACUUCCAGCUAUAUACAAUCAUUUUGACAAGCACGAAGUCUCUCCCACUCUUUACGCAGCACCGUGGUUAUUGACUUUAUUUGCUAGCCAAUUUCCAUUGGGUUUUGUUACUAGAGUAUUCGAUCUACUGUUUCUUGAAAGUUCCGAAGUCAUUUUCCGUGUAGCUGUUGCGCUGUUGGAAGAUCAUCAAGAUCAACUUCUUUGCUGUGACAGUUUUGAAGAAAUCAUGGAGUAUCUGAAACUCCGCGUACCAGCUGUCGACAAAGGGGUGCUCGAACGUGUAAUGAAACGGGUAUUCUAUCCGGACACUGAAAUGGUUAAACAAUUGAACGAAUAUAGAGUUGAAUAUCAAGUGCUGCAGGAAGAGAUGCUAUCCGUUAAACCACAGAUCGAGAAUUUGGAGAAGCUAGAAUUACUCAACAAACAGCUCACCCAAGAAAACGUCCAUCUCAAUGAGCAACUAGAGAUUGCUAUGAGCAACCUUCACCGCCUUGAAACAGCCCGGUCAAUUCAACAAUCAUCAGCUCACAAGUUAGAAUCCCAGAAUCGCAGUCUUGAAGUCACAGUUGCAACGCUGGGGAAUUUUAUUCAGCACUUGGCCGACACAAGAACAGAUAUCGAGAUCCCAGGUGAUGUUCGUCGAAUAGUUGCACAGUUGAGUAUAGCGGAAAAGCGAAGAAGUAGCAUGGGUACAAAACUGUAUCCAUUGAAAGUUAUUGAAGACAACAAUAACAAGUAUCAACCAAUGAAAAGCAACUCUACUGGUAGAGAAUCUCAAAAGAUGUUGAAGGGAAAUAGUAUCACAACUGAGACACCAUACCCUUUAAAGUCGACAUUGAGUCAGCCGAAUUUAGGGGCAAAGCUUGAGAAGGUUUCGUCAUUUUUUGCAAAUUCACACAAUCACAUCAGACAACAACGUGCACAAAUAGCUGCUUUGAGAGGAGAAUGUGGAGAUAGCGGUAACGACGAAAAUGAUCCAAAGACUGUCAAUAUUGAUAUUCAAAUUACUGAUACAGUGAGCUCCGCGACUGACAUCAUUGAUCAAUCAGGUGGUCAAUUACUGCGCAUUGAACCUACUGCAUUAGAGAAGUCAAUUUCCUUGCCAUUGUCCAAUGCUAAAUUGAAACUAAAGUCGUCCAAAUCAGCAUACGAACUGGGUUCAGUGAAAAAAGUACCAACAACGAAACUGGAGGACACAACUGGGGAUUCAUUAACUAAUGUAGCAGGUACCAUUCAUCCUUUGGAUACAUGUAGCGAUGUAAACUUUAACUACGGCGGUACAACAAAGUUGAAAUGUAUAAAGCCUGGAAGGUCACCUGGCCAGAAUGGACAGGGUGACAACCUGGGUAAAGAAAUUCCUGGACAAAAUGCAGAAAUUUUAACUAGAUAGCAAAUAUUUCUUGUUUCUGUUAAGGAAGAGUCGUAGGGCUUUACGUUUACGUAUAGCGUAAGCAUCACGUUUACCACAGUUCAUUGAUGAAAAAAUAGUUUCAUUUCGGCGUCAAGACAGAUUAAUGAUUCAAAUAUUUUCGAGUGUAGCUUCACGACACUCUAAUCAGCUCCAGAUGGCUUUGACGUUCUGUGUUACCGGAUUCCCUAUUAGGACGUGAUACAUAUCCAUCAUCGUAUGUUCAUUGAUUAAUGAAUUAAAAGAAAUUGUGAAACAAAAGUAUGGUUUAUAAUAUUUUAUUUAGUGGAGUACAAAAAAUAGCACGUUUUAGUACUAGGACGUAAAAGUGCACUUUUUACAAUAAUUACUUUACGUUCGAAACGCAAGAAAAAAGACGCAUCAACCAUGCUUGCGUUACAUAAAAGAAAUAAUCAUCUAAUACCAGAAUUUUCUUACAUCUACUAGGGGUAAUCAAGCUCAUAAAAAGUACUAUGGUAGGAUUGAAUAUCAUUAAUUAUGUACAAUUGAUAAUCCGAAGAGGUGGACUGAUUUUUUUAAAAGUAAAAUAUAAAACCAUCAACUCCAAGCAGCAACUGCAAAUCUUCGGUAAACUAGUUAUCUAUUCGAUUCGAAAAAUUUUGUAAUCGUUUGAUAAAAAAAAAAAAAAAAAAACGUAUGACACUUGACUAGAAUAGUACAUACUGUCUAUCGCGGAAUAUUUCAAUUU